AAUCUAACCAUAAUAAUAGUCAAGAUGGCGGAAAUUGCGAUGUUUGUGGUUCAGACCAAGUCUAAAUACAGGUUACCAUGUCGUUCGUUGGAAUAUCUGCUGUGCCUAAUACUCUGCCAUUUACUAUUACUCGUCUUGGUCGCCUCCAAUAGUUCGUUAUCGACAUGUAGCCGCAAGCGCAGCGACUACAAUUGCUACCAGGGCGAGUGUCGGAACGGAACAUGUCAGUGUUACAUCGGCUGGACGGGCAAUUACUGUGACCAUUGUUUGGGGAGACAGAAUCUCAUAUCCAUGACAGGUUACGUUACAGAUGGUCCUGCAAAUUAUUCUGAAAAUUGUAAAUGUAGCUGGUUGAUAAACCCCAACACGACAAACAGCAGCCGUCCAAUUCACAUACAAAUGCUGCAUUUCAUCACAGAAUGUGGAUGGGACCACCUCUAUAUUUAUGAUGGGGAUUCUGCUUUCUCCACACUCCUUGCAGCCUACAGUGGGGUCAUCAUUGAAGAUAACAAAGAAGAGUCCAACAUAGAAAUUACAGCCAAAUCAGGGUCAGCAUAUCUGAUGUUUUUCAGUGAUUUAGCAUUUAACAUGUCUGGAUUCAACAUAAGCUACAGAGUUGGUGGCUGUCCAUUAAAGUGUUCAGGUCAUGGUCUUUGUGAAAAUUAUGUGUGCCGGUGUCAGAAGGGUUAUGUGGGCGAUGGCUGUGAGAUUGAACUCUGUCCAAAUAAUUGCUCCAACCACGGAAAUUGCUGGAACAAUCAGUGUGAAUGUGAUACAGGAUAUAUUGGUAAUGAUUGUAGUCGGAAAGAUGGCAAUGAUCUGUGGACACGAUUACCACCAGAAAAGCAAAUAAGUGGCCGAGCAUCUCAUCAAGUGGCUAAGGUCAAUGAUACAGUGUGGGUUGUUGGAGGAUACAGUUUUGAAGAAGAUACCAUGCUGAUGUCUGUCUUCAAUUUAACAGAGGAAAAAUGGACAAUGUUUUAUCCACCUCCAAGCACUCCUGACUCAAGAAAUCCCACUCCCAAUUCACGUCAUGGACACUCGCUUGUACUUCAUGAGAACCAGCUGUACAUGUAUGGAGGUGUGGUUGGCAACAACAUCUCCAAUGAAUUUUGGAUGUUUGACCUGGGUCAGGAAGUUUGGACGCUACUGAAAAAUUCAACAUGGGAGAGCUACCAGCUCGCCGUGUCUGGCCACACGGCUCAUGUUGUUGAUGAUGUGAUGCAUGUUUUCUUCGGUCACAGUCCCAUUUAUGGCUAUCUACAUUGCAUUCAGGAAUUCUACUUUGGCAACAAAAGCUGGUUUAUACCAGAAACGUCUGGAGCAAUAGUGAAGAAUACUUGUUGGCACUCGAGUGUUUAUGAUAAGAAUAGGCAGUUGAUCUACGUCUACGGCGGCUACCAUUCUGUUAGUUCGGCGACUAAUCACAUCACAGAUAAACUUUAUUCAUAUAACCCCAAAAUACGAUAUUGGCAAGUGUUACGGAGCAGUGAUUCACCCCGCUUCCUUCACUCGGCCAUUCUUACAACUGAAGGUUUCAUGCUGACAUUUGGCGGCAACACCCACAAUGAGGCUUCUGUGAAUUCCGGUGCCAAGUGCUAUUCUUUAGACUUUAUGGCCUAUGAUGUUGAAUGUGAUCAUUGGUAUUGCUUAGAGAAACCUCACCUACAGAAAGAUGUGUCCAGAUUUGGCCAUGCUGCUGUUUCCCACAACAAUGUGAUGUAUAUCUUCAAUGGUUUCAAUGGGAGGAUGCUACGUGAUAUCAUAAAAUACACCACUGGAAAUUGCUCAGCAUUCACAAAUGCAACUGCAUGCAAACAAAGCCAACCUGGAGUACCAUGUUUUUGGUCAGAAGAUUCCUGUGUGCCCAGAAGUCAACUGGCCAAUAAAAAGGACUAUGUGUGUCCUCCAAACAAUGAUAUCAUCAUGUGUUCCAAGAUCAAGAACUGCAGGAGUUGUCUGUCCAAUUAUGAGAAAUGUUCCUGGUGCAAAAAGAGGUGUAUGUCUUCUUCAGAUUGUUUGGAUAGCCACACUGACUUGGCGGACACAGACGUGCCACAAUCCCGAAUUCAAACCAUUUUCCAACUGAGCAAUGGUUUCAUAGUGCAGCACAUACAACCCCAGCCUGUAAAGACAAAGGACAUCAAAGAUUGCCCUGUGGAUGUAGAAUGUUCUUUCCUCCACAGUUGUGCCCUUUGUCAGCUUGAACCAAAUUGUUUUUGGAUUGAGAAUAACAAAUCUUGUGUAUAUAAAGAGAAAAAUAAUGCAAAGGCAGUUACUCAGAAAUGCAAAGUCCCCUGUCCAUCUCAUACAACUUGUGAAAACUGCACAAAAGACGAAUGCAUGUGGUGCAGCAGUGCACAGCGUUGCGUUGAUAUGAACUCUUAUGUAGUGUCUUUCCUCUACGGUCAAUGUACCAAAUGGAAUACAGACAAAAACCUCUGUACAAAAAACCGUUGUUCAGACAUCAGAACUUGCAAGGAAUGUCAGAUGAAUCCAAUUUGUGGUUGGUGCCAUGAUGUGAGCAACACAGGCCUUGGCCAUUGUAUGGAAGGUGGUAUGUCUGGUCCGGCUAAACUUCCCUGGAAUUCUCAUACAUUGUCCACCUGUCCACUUUCCAGGUGGUAUUUUGUACAGUGUCCACUAUGCCAGUGCAAUGGCCAUAGCAUCUGUAAUGAGAGUACAAACAUUUGUAUAGAAUGUCAAAAUAAUACCACAGGUGAGACAUGUGAUCGAUGCCAGAAAGGAUUUUUUGGAGCUCCUCAAAAUGGUGGCCUAUGUAAACCCUGUAACUGUAACAAGCAAGCUAAACUAUGUGAUGAACAGUCAGGGAACUGUCACUGUGGCACACGAGGAGUGGUUGGCAAGAAAUGUGAAUGGUGUGACACAUCAGAAAAAUAUAUUGGGAACCCAAAUGAUGGUGGAACUUGCUAUUAUCAGUUAUUAACAGAUUACCAGUUUACCUUCAACCUGUCUAAACCAAAUGAUCACUAUUACACUCAAAUCAACUUCAUGAAUCGUCCUUCUGCCGGUGACCGUGAUGUUGACUUCUCAGUAAAUUGUUCUCGAUUUGCAAAUCUCAAUAUAUCGUAUAACUCAACUUCCGAACCAGCUGGUAAAAUAUUGGACUCCGGUGCUCGGUGCUAUAAUUACAAAAUGAAAUUUUCCCACAAACAAUACACAUUCGGAGAAACUGAUAACACCACCUUUUAUGUAUAUGUAUAUGGCUUCAAAACACCAUUUUCUUUGCAGAUAACGUUCACACAACAGAGAAAUAUCGACCUGGUGAAUUUUUUUGUCACCUUCUUUAGAAAUGUGUUUGGAAAUGUGACUUCUAAUUGGUAAUUAAAAAUGAACACUAAGGACAAAUAUGCAGUAAUUUCUCUCUCUGACUCACUGGAAUCUGUGAAGCCACAAACAAAGAUGUCUUGUUUAUCAAGCUUGAAUUUAUCAAUAAAGUUAUUGUGAAGAGACAGACACAACAACACAUGGAAUCUAGAUAUAACUGAUGUUGCUUUAGAAGAUAAGCUCUUUUAUGAAUUUCAAUGACUCUUUGCUGGAGGAAUCUUCUUUUACACUAGUGAUAUUCUGCUUGGUUAGGAAGACAUUGACAUUUAAUGUGUUGCAGAAUUAUUGUACCAUUAGGAAUAAGUACUGUCUCCAACUAACAGUCAAAGACUGUUUAUAAUUGGUAAUGGUGACGGACAUUUGAACAUUUUCGUAUGUUUGUUUCCUGAUUAGGUUGUGUAAAUAUUGAGGAAAAUGUAUGUUUAUAGAAAUGAACAAGCAUUUCUUUGGUACUGGAAAAAAGCAUUUUACUUUCCAUUCCCUGUGUGUUUAUGUGUGUGUAGAGAGAAGACUGUGUGUAUGUAGGAGUGGUUCUUGUUACUCAGCUCUUCCAUAAUAAAGUUAGUGUAACUAAGGUAAGCACAAUAAAGCUAUUUUAACUAUGUUA